UUCGGGUCGACAAGGCCGCUCGACAACCUCACAAUGGCCACCUCGCACGUCAGGGUCACUUUUGCUAGAAUGACGAGCUAACCUGCCGCGGACGGCGGGAGACUAGCCGAUUCGACGGGACGCGCUUGGCUGAACCGUCGGCGUGAUGAUGACGAGCUAUGAGCAAGCGCGGCGCAACGAGGGCAUGUGGGAGAUGGAUCAUGCCCCUUAUCUUCGCUCGAGAAGAUAUCAAGGCCAGAGAUGUGACGAUCACCUACCCGCACUCCUCAUCAUCACCACCAGCGGCGCCUCCUCGCAAAUGUCACCCAUCGCUACCUCCGCGACCACCAACGGCGAUUCUUCGCCUUCGCCUCAGCACCGUGUCCCCCUCCAGCUGACGGGCAUCCUAGACGAUAUCCCUUUCGAGGAGAUCACCCCCGUCAUCGGUCGCGAGUAUACGACGCUCGAUGUGCGUGACCUCCUCAAAGACCCGCAAUCGGAUGCAAAGCUGCGCGAGCUUGCCAUUAUCACCUCCCGUCGCGGAGUCGUCGCCCUUCGCAACCAGAGCGUGACCCCGCAAGAGCAACAAGAGCUCACCGCCCGACUCUCCCUUCUCUCUGGUACGCCGGAGGAGUCUGGUCUGCACAUCCACCCCGUGUUGAAUGGGCAGCGCGACAAGGCUUAUCGUGCGACGGGGCCUAAUGGCGAGGCGAGCGCAGACGAUACGAUCAGCGUCAUCUCUUCCAACUUCCGCAAAAAGACCGACGAUCGCCUCGCCCAAAUCCAAGGCGGUGCCGCUGGAGAAAUCCACAGUGACAUAACCUUUGAGCCGUACCCUUCUGACUUCUCCACGCUCAACAUCCACACGAACGUGGACUGUGGAGGCGAUACGGUCUUCUACAGCGGCUACGAGGCUUAUGAUCGACUCAGCCCGGCCUUUGCGCGUUUCCUCGAAGGAUUGGAAGGACGCUACGCCCAGCCUGCGUUCCAACGCAUGGCGAAGGAGGGCGGGUUCCAAGUGCAUGCUGGACCCAGAGGUCACGCAGCCAACGUCGGCGGAGACCUGUCUGCUACGCAUCCCGUGAUCCGUACUCACCCUGUGACAGGAUGGAAAAGCCUCUUCGCCGUGGGAGCGCACUUUGAGUCCUUCCCCAGCCUACGACCCGACGAGUCGACGCUAUUGCGCGCCUACCUCCUAGAUCAGGUGGCUACGACGCACGCUGCGCAGGCCAGGGUGAAAUGGCAGGACACGAGCGAAGGGAAGAGCACGCUAGUCGUCUUUGACAAUCGCUGUGUCUUCCAUGCUGCUACGCCCGACUACUUUAGCAAAGGAGGGCAUCGUGUGGGCACGCGCGUCGUGAGCGUAGGGGAGAAGCCCUACUUUGAUGCUGGGAGCAUCAGUCGUCGCGACGAGCUGGGUGGGGAGCGAUACAUCUAGGCGCGUGUGUGUGUUUGUGUGUGCGCGAGCGCGAUCGCGCGUGCGCUACUGUGCGAUCCAUAUUCCAUGCUCUAUGCUCAAAUCUAUACAUGACCU